AUGAUUCUCUUCACCUUGAUCAAUGUGUCAACAUCGUCCCGGAUUAUAACUGCUCCUUCUGGUCGGAGAAUUCGAUCCAUCUCCAGAAGAAUGUCAUCAGCAUUGCACCUAAAGANUCUCGAUACAGUUGGUGGCGCUUUAUCUUUUCUCAUCUCGGGUAUGUCUCCAAGAACUUCAAUCUUCUUCUUCUCCUUUGCUACUAUCAAAACCGUGGAUGACCAUUGCGGACUCUGCCUCCCCGGGAACCUCUUCCAUAUGUUUUUCAAGAACAACACUGCGUAUCAUGAUGUGCAUCAUCAGCUUUAUGGAAGCAAAUUCAACUUCUCUCAGCCUUUCUUUGUCAUGUGGGAUCGGAUUCUCGGUACUUACAUGCCUUACUCACUUGAGAAACGGAAAGAUGGCGGAUUUGAAGCUCGUCCAACUAAACAAGUUAAAGACUGA